AUGCUAGAUCACUUCACAGUCUUUGCUAAGAAUGGUUUGGUCCUUUGGUCCAAGACCUUCAGUCCGGCGCUUAGUGGGGCUGAUGCGUCCACCAACCCCGUCAACUCGCUCAUCAAGCAGGCAUUCCUCGAACAGCGCACAGCCGAUCAAAAGUUUGAAAAGGAUGGAUACACGCUUCGCUGGACCUUUGCGAACGAACUUGACCUGACUUUUGUUGUCGUGUAUCAACGGAUCCUGCAGCUCUCUUACAUCGACGAGCUGCUCGACACAAUUCGCACUCUCUUCACCGACCUCUUCGCUCCUUUUGUACGAAAGCUAACUCUCUCGUCCAAGAGUGCAAUAUCCUCGGGCGCAUCAAGAGUAAUCACACUCUCUGAGAGUGCGCGUCUCGAGUUCGCUGCGGCACUGAAGGAAUGGGACGAUAUUUUCACCAGGACGCUCAGGAAUCUCGAAAAAGCCGCUGCCCAGUCCAAACGGAAGGGCGUACUUGGCGAAAGAAAGGGUGCAACCAAUCAGGCACAAACCACAGCCAGCUCUGACAAGGAGAGCGGCCAAAACACGCCAAUUUCAAAAGAAGUCAAAGACUCUGCCGAUAUUUCCAAGAGUGUUGAGGCUCUCAAAAGCCGUCUCAAGCUCGAAGCCAGUCCUGGUGGCAGACGUGUGGUGCGUGGCAAGAAGAGCGCAUCUGGCAUCUCGGCCUCCAACGGCGGUAGCGCUCCCGGUACACCGGGGAACGCAAGCGGAACUGAGUCUCCCAGUGGCAAAAAGGCAAAAGCCACAAAGGAGAUGCGCAAGUGGGACGGUAGCCGUAGCGUCAGCGCUCAACAGGUAGCCGCGCUCGACUUUAGCGGAGCAACUGAGAAGAGUGGCGACAAUGGUGCCGAUCUCGACAGCUGGAUCGAUGAGAAGAGCAUGGGCAAGAAACGCUCAGAUGGUGUAUACGAGAUCGCCGACGUGCUGGAAGAGGAAGAAGACGAAGAAGACGAAGACGAAGACGAAGAAGACGAGGACAAAGAUGAGGACGCAGGCUUCAGCAGCACCGCCAAAUCUGCCGGCUUCCUUUCUCGCAUCGGAUCUGCGUCGUCGUCUGGAGCCUCAUUCUUCUCAAGGCUAACCGGCGCCAAAACACUCACCAAAGAGGACCUUGCACCCGCACUUUCGGCUAUGGCAUCGCACCUUCAGAGCAAGAACGUUGCUGCAGAUGUUGCUCAACGGCUUUGCGACAGUGUCGAGCGCAAUUUGGUCGGCAAAAACCUCGGGAGCUUUGGGUCGGUCAAAGUCGAAGUCAAGAAGGCACUUGAAGAGGCCAUCACUCGAAUCCUAACACCCAAGUCAAGCACCGACAUUUUGCUCGAGAUUGCAACCAAGCGACAACGAAUCACCGCUGCAUCAUCGCUAGCGCUUGCUACCAGUGCAAAGGACAAGGAGCUUGCCAGCAAGCCGGACCCUUAUUCCAUCUGCUUUGUGGGUGUCAACGGCGUCGGCAAGUCUACAAACCUAGCAAAAGUCUGCUUCUGGCUGCUGCAGAAUCGACUUCGCGUCCUCAUCGCUGCAUGCGACACCUUCCGAGCUGGCGCCGUGGAACAGCUUCGCGUUCAUGUCCGCAACCUUGGUCAGCUGCGUGUCGAUGGCGUUGCGCUCGAGGAGCAAAAAGGUCACAUCGAGCUGUACGAACGCGGUUACGGCAAGGACGCAGCUGGUAUCGCCAAGGAUGCUCUGUCGUACGCCAAAGCUGAAGGGUUUGACGUUGUGCUCAUCGACACAGCUGGCCGAAUGCAGGACAACGAGCCACUCAUGAGAGCGCUCGCCAAGCUUGUUUCCGUCAACCGACCGGACAAGAUCAUCUUUGUGGGUGAAGCCUUGGUAGGAAACGAGGCCGUUGACCAGAUUACCAAAUUUGAUGGUGCAAUGAAGGACUUCAGUGGUGUCAGCAAUCCACGUGGGCUGGAUGGCAGCCUGCUGACCAAGUGGGACACUGUUGAUGACAAAGUGGGGACAGCGCUCACCACCACUUCGGCUACCGGCUUGCCUAUCUACUUCCUCGGAACCGGUCAGACCUACACUGACCUUCGACAGCUUCGUGUUCAUCAUGUCGUGAAUGCGCUGCUCAAAAAUUGA